AUAUUAAAAUAAUAUUUAAAAUAAAAUAAUUAAAAUUAAAUUGAUGUAAAAGUAGGAGAGAGAAGAUGUGAUGUGAUGGUUAGUUAAAAUUAUGUGAGUUGGUGAAUAGUGAAUUAAGGUUUGAUGUUGUGUGUAAGAAUGAUUGAUUGAUAUUAUUUAAUUAUAUUGAUAAUAUUGAUGAUAGUGAGGUUGAGUUAAAAUUGAGUUAAAAAAAGUGGUUGAGUUAAAAUAAAACUUCCACUACUGUACUCUUUCUUUCUUAUUUUUUUUUUUUUGCAAUAAAACUUGCUGUAACUUUCCACUUUCCAGUAUUCAUGAUUCCAACCUCAAUUUCCUUAUCCUUUUCAUCACUAUUGUACCCAAAUCUGAAUUUUUCGGAACGUAUCUUGAAAUCCCUCUAUCUGGGCUCUUGUCAAUAUCCCCAUCACUACCCUUCAAAUCCCUAUUUGGCUCAGAAUUAUUGAUCUCAUCAUUUUUCUCUUCAAUUUUAUCGCAAUUUACCAACUCAGUGGAAUCAGACUUCACUUUCCUCAACUGAAUCGCAUUCUUCACAUUUUCAUCCCCUGAUGGGAUCGAUCUAUUUCUCUUGAUCCCCGACUCCUUAAAUUCUUUGUCCAAAUUCUUCCUGAGCUCAUAUCUCUGCCUCGCAAUCUGAAUUGAGUUCCCUUCGGAAUUAUCAGAUUUCCAUGUUUUUCGUCUGUCGGUUGACCCAAUAGGAGGGCUCUGUUUGACCCUCGUGAUUUCGUUUGCCUUUUUAUCCAUCUGAACUUGAGGAUUGUCGUUGUUGUUAUGAAUGUUGUCUUGGGAACUCUCUUGAUUGGGACUGAAUGCUUGAAGCCACUUUGACUUGAUCGAGCUUUAUUUUCCUUUUUUGCACUCAUAAAUACUGGAAAGUGGAAAGCUAAUGUAAUGGGAAGGAAAAAGCUACUAAUAUAUUUGUUCUUAUAUUGACCCUUAGAUUUUGUUUGAUUAGUAUUAAUCUAAGGGUGAUAAAUGAACAGCUGGGGCUGCUGUUUGUGGGUCACAGCAGCCCCCCUCACCCGCUCUUAUAACCCACGAGAGAUCCACACAAACAAACGGUCUAGAGUCUAGACACACAAAUACGUAACAAAAGGCAGCUACACAACCGGGUAAAUUAUAUUGUUCAUAUGAACAAUUUCCCAACUUCCCCGAAUUAUCGGCGUCUCCCAGUCUCUUUUCUACUCUCGAUUCUCACUUCUCAGUCUCUCAUCCCCUCAUCAUCUCCUCUCUCUCGUCUCAUCAGCGCACGACACACACGGGCUGAAAGAUGAAUCGCUGUGGUUAGCGUACAACACACACGGGCGGCGGGGUGUCUGUCCAGGAGCUCGUUGACGCCGGGCGCCGGGCUUGGUGUGUGUCGGAUCCUAAUUUUCAUCUCCUUCCCAAAUUCUCAAUUCCGAUCUUCAAUUCAAGGUCUAUAGGGCCGACCCCGGAUCUCUGCAAUGGGAUUUCUGAGGCUCACGAGGAGAUUCCGUGGACUCUACCACGUAGGAUCAAGAACCAACUUGACACUUGUCUGCAACUCCCACAUUCAGAGGAGAGUGUUAUCUAGCCAUCCUGAUGGAAUCAAUGGUGCAGAUUCACUUUUACCUGUUCUGAUCGUUGGUGCAGGCCCUGUUGGUCUUGUUCUCUCAAUUCUACUGACGAAACUAGGGGUGAAAUGCGCAAUUCUGGAGAAAAACAUUGCAUUCUCAAGUCACCCUCAAGCUCAUUUCAUCAACAAUCGAUCGAUGGAGAUAUUCCGGAAAUUAAAUGGCCUGGCUGAUGAUAUUCUGAGGUGUCAACAACCAGUGGAUUUAUGGAGGAAGUUCAUAUACUGUACUACACUCACGGGUUCGAUUCUCGGAUCAGUUGAUCAUAUACAACCUCGAGAUUUUGAAUGUAUUGCGAGCCCAAUCUCUGUUGCAAAUUUUCCACAAUAUAAACUUAUGAGAUUGCUAAUCAAGCAGCUCGAGGAGGAUGGUUUUCAUAUAAGAAGUGAUGGGCUGACAAGCUCUGAUGGCUGUGAGCAAGGGAUAUUAAUGGGACACGAAUGCACAGCUAUAAAUGUCACCAAAGAUUAUGUAAAUUUGUCUGCAUGUAUAAAAAAAGAAGGAAAACAUGUAACUAAAGAUUUCCAGUGUAGAUUUGUUGUUGCCACCGAUGGUGCUGGAAGUACAGUGAGGAAGUUAAUGGGAAUUGGCAUGACUGGCGAGCAUGAUUUGCAAAAGCUCAUUAAUGUACAUUUUAGAAGCCACAACCUAGGACGGUAUUUGAUGGAUGAGAGACCUGGAAUGUUGUAUUUUGUCUUCAACACUGAAGCUAUAGGUGUCCUUGUUGCUCAUGAUCUGAAGGAAGGGGAGUUUGUGUUGCAGGUGCCGAUUUAUCCACCCCAACAUAAGAUUGAAGAUUUUAGCCCCAGAAUGUGUGAGAAACUAAUUAUCAAACUGGUCGGGCGAGAGAUUUCGGACAUUAAUGUUGUGGGUGUAAGGCCGUGGGUAAUGCAUGCAGAAGUUGCUGAUGCAUUUUUAGCUGGUGACAACAGAAUCAUAUUGGCUGGUGAUGCUGCUCAUCGGUUUCCACCUUCUGGUGGUUUUGGAAUGAAUACUGGAAUUCAGGAUGCUCACAAUCUUGCCUGGAAGUUGGCUUCCGUCAUCAAGGGAAUCGCGCAACCCUCAAUUCUUUCUACGUAUGAAUCAGAGCGUAGGCAGAUUGCCUUGUAUAAUACGGCACUAAGUGUCGAGAAUUUUAAAGCAGCAAUGGAAGUUCCUGCUGCUCUUGGGCUCAAUCCAAGAAUUGCAAACUCAGUACAUCGCACUGUUAACAGCAUUUUGGGCCCCAUCUUGCCAUCUGGUAUACAAAAAGCAAUUUUGGAUGGAUUAUUCAGCAUAGGGCGCAUGCAGGUCUCUGAUUCGUUUCUGAAUGAAAAUAAUCCCCUUGGAUCUUCACGGCUCAUGAAAUUAAAACAGAUAUUUGAUGAAGGAAAAAGCCUUCAGCUCCAGUACUCUAAAGGAGCUCUACUGAAUGAUGAUAGUUCCUCAAGCACACAAGAAACGCCAACUGGACGCAGAAGGGAUUAUGUCCCCUCCUCCAUUCCUGGCUCCAGACUGCCUCAUAUGAUGAUUCAGUUACUCUCGGGCCCCUCGACUAAGGAUGCCUUCUCGACGCUGGACCUCAUAUCUGUUGAUAAAAUUGAGUUCCUUCUUAUCAUAGCACCAAUCAAAGAGUCGUAUCGAGUAGCGCAAUCUGCAUUUAAGGUGGCUGAGGAACUUAAUGUUGCACUCAAGGUAUGUGUGAUUUGGCAGGAAAGGCCCACAGAUGGAAUUGGGAACAGCAAAACACAGCUUUUACCUUGGAACAAUUUUGUGGACGUGGUUAAAGCAAAGAGUGGAAGCCCGAAUUCAAGCUCAUGGUGGGACCUAUGUGGGAUGUCUCAUACAGGAGCCAUUUUAGUGAGACCUGACGAGCACAUUGCCUGGCGUGUGAAGUCCGGGAUCGAGAACGAUGAUCUUCUUUUGGUGCUCAAGAAUGUUUUUUGUUCUAUACUAGGAUUGGCCACCAGAUGCACAUAAUGCUCGUAUGUAUUAUUUUUUUCUUCUUUCCAUUUUUUUGUUAGCUUUUUUAGGUUAAACAUUAUAUGAUUCGGUUUCGGUCAUUAACUAAAUUGGUGACAGUUUAGCUACUGGAACGAAGACUUGUGUUGUGGCCGACUUUCCCCAAUAAAGUGUGAUUUCGUUUGCCCUAAAAUGAAUAAAACGC